AUGAUCAACGUCAAACAACUGUACAAAGAAGUCGAAAAAAUGGUGUUAACACAAACAACAACAGAAAAUAACAAAGACAUCAGUCAAGUCGCAUUAUGCGACAAAAAUGGGAAAAUUCUCUUGUAUUAUGGAAAUGAAGAAAUCGAAGCCGAGGCAAUCGUGUCAAUUUUCAUGGAAAGUUGGAACAAGAAUGCAUCGGAACUCAUCCUUCACUUGGAAAAUGGUCCAAUUUAUGUGACUCCGAUAUCGAAGGAACUGUUCGCUGUAGUUGUUGGGACUAAACAGUCGCAUAUUGGUAUGAUGAUUCAAAAGACAAAAGCACUCCAACGAAUAGUUUCGGACACAUUAGAUGAUAUUGUGAGUGGGAUAGAUCAAGUGGCAUAA